AUGGCGUCUUUUAUGGAGGAUCUCUGGUCGAGCAUAUUCACCGCGGGCCCAACGCCGACUCUCCUCCUCGCUACCAACGCCACCUUCGCCGCCCUGCAAACCCUCCUCUUGAUUCUCCUCCUAGCCACAUACAGUAUCCAUUUCGCUAUCCUGUCAAUCCUUUCAGGAGCACUCUGGUAUUCAAUCAACUGGUUUGCGCAGGAGUUGAAGCAGGCCCAAGCCCAAACGGCGCGUCAGGAAACACCAGCAGAGAAGACGCCCGAGGCUAUACAGUCUGAUGCAAAGACUCGCGGGACAACGGAGGGCGCGGAUAGUGACACGGAAACAGAAGGCUCAAUGAGUCGCAAGGGUGCGCAGGCUCUUAGCUCAGCGGCACAGUCGGCUACCGCAUCGACGACACUCCAGGUCCCCGAUAACUCAAGCGAAGUCCGAAAGCGCCUUAGUGUGAGCGGCGAGAGCUCUGGGUACACAAGCACUGAUAGCGAAUGGGAAAAGGUGGAUGACAGCGCUGGAAAUUGA